CUCUUGGUUGAUUAUACUUGUAUGAUUUGAGAUUAUUAUAUUCAAUAUUUAUAUUAAAUUUCUUGAAAGUACACCAAAAUGAAGAAGAAUACAAUGAAAGAUUUGGCACCAAUCGCAAUCCCACAUGGUCCGCCUGUGGAGUCCACAGCGGAAUAUUUUAAAUCUAAAAUGGAAACGGCAAACAUGACGAGGAAGUAUCCGGUAUGGGACAUAGCUCGGCCGACGCCGCAGGUGUUGAUGGAACAGGCGCGCCGCGACCUGAUGGAGGCCGACGAGAAGCUCGUGUUGAAGCGUGAGGAGGAGAAGGCCAACCGGGUUAUUAUGGACGCCAAGUGGCUGGAGUUGCGCGAGAAGGAGAUGUUAUUGAAAGAAUCCUUUAUCAGUUUUAAUAAGUUCAUCAGGGAGAACCAGGAGAAGCGCGAUCGGGCGGAACGUAAGAUGGAGGCUGACGGGCAAGUGCUGCUGCGAAAAGCACGCGAGACUGAGGCCAUGCGCUGCCGCGUCGCUGACAUGGAGGAAGUGAAGCGGCUGAUGGAGCGCCAAGUGCAGGACUACACCAUAUAUGAGGACUAUCUCAUGUCAGUGGUCAGAAAUUAUCCUGAAUUUAAACAACCUUUAGACGUAUUAAAUCGAUAUGAAGCUUUAGCUGCCGCCAAGAACACACUGGCGGAGCGGCAGGAGCGGGACCUGGGCAUGCUGGAGAACGCGCGUCAGAAGAUCGCCGCGCUCACUGAGGAGAAAAAGCUCUUUAUAAUGGGCCUCAACAACACGCUCGCUGACCUAAGGUGGCGCUACGACAAGGUGCGGAAUCGCGUGAUCGAGUGGGAGCUGGCACUGAACCGGCUGAAGGAGGCGGCUGCGGCGCGGCACGUGGAGUUGUGCCACGUUCGCGCCGCCGUGCGCAGCCUCUACCUCAAGAUCUGCGCUCAGAAGCGCAUGCCGCCCGAUGCGCCGCCGCACGACUUCGAGCAGCAGCUGGUGCUCGUGAUGCGCGCGCUGCUCGAGCUGCGCAACAUCUACAGGAUCGCACAUCGGCGCUCCAAGGAGAAAGACGCGGAGUCGGGACACACAGUGUGACGGCAUUUUAGAUUUUUUAUGAAUAAAAUAAAAGUGACUUAUAAAACGUA